AUGGGUGUUCAUGUAUACAUGGAGACGAAAAAGGAAAACAAAAGCUUAGGAAGCUAUCCGCUAUGUAUAACAGUACGUGAUUUCAAUUUGGAAUUGAGUAUCACCAAUUCGAACACAGUUGCAGGUUCAUCUAGAACACUGAAGUUAAUUGAUAUUCCAGCAUCUCCGGCGAUAGUGGAAUAUGAAAGUAUAAUAAUAACAGAAAGUACACCAAGUGUUAUUGAAGUAUGCCAAGUAUACCAAGACAAACAAACAAUUGCUAGUGCAAUGAAGUACUAUUCUGUCAUGAACAAGUUCCAAUUUAGGGUGAAAAGAUCUAGUGCUAGAAGCUACUGGUUGGUAUGUGUUGGUGAAAAGUGUACAUGGCACUUCAAGGCAACUAGCAUAAAUGAUUCUGCAAUGUUCAAGUUAACAUACAUGCAAGUUUGGAGAGCAAAGGAAAAGGCUUUGGAGUUUUUGAGAGGCCAUCCUGCUGACUCCUACAGCAAAUUGCCUAGUUAUUUGUAUAUUCUGGAGAAGACUUAUCCGGGAUCUGUAGUUAAAUUGAAGAAGACGGAAGAUGACUACUUUUUAUAUGUAUUUGUUGUGAUUUGUACGUCAAUCAGUGGUUGGGAAUAUUGUAGGCCAGUUGUAGUAGUUGAUGAAACCUUCUUAAAGUCAGCAUAUAUGAGAAUAAUGCUAACGGCUAAUACAAUGGAUGCAACAAGUACCAUAUUACUAUUGUCAUAUAUUGUUGUUGAUUUAGAAAAUGACGCAUCAUGGAAGUGGUUUCUGGAGCAAUUCAAACAUGCAUAUGGUGAAAGACCAAAUAUGUGUGUUGUUUUGGAUCGGAAUGAGAGUAUCUUGAAAGCAACAUCUAUUGUUUAUUCCGACAUGCCAUAUUAUUCUUGCAUGUGGCAUAUUUGGACAAAUAUAAGGGCAAAGUUCAAGAAGGGUCAUCUAAAGUCAAGCAAAUUGUACUUUGUCACGGCACGGUCAUACACGUUUGAUGAAUUUAAUGAAAGGAUGUCAAAGAUUGAAGAGAUUGACCCGCGUGUUAAAGCAUACUUAUACGAUAUUGGCUAUCAUAGAUGGUCUCGAGUACAUGCUACGGUGAACAGAACUUGGAUUAUGACAUCAAACAUUACAGAGUCGUUGAAUGUUGUAACAAAAGAUGCAAGAGAGUUGCCGAUAGUAGAACUAUUAGAGUAUAUGAGGACUCUUCUUGAACGCUGGACUAAUGAAAAGUUAUUGAAAGCAAAGGGUACAUUCACAUACUUUGGGUUUAAAUUCAACAAAGAGUUGGAUGACAACAGAACAUUGUCGCACAAACUUAGAGUGAGGGCUUCAACAGACUACAUCCAUACAGUACUAGAUGGUGUGAGGCGCUAUAUUGUUUGUCUUGAAAACAAGAGAUGUAGUUGUGGCAAUUCCAGCUUGACGAACUUUCUUGUCCACAUGUUUUGGCUGCUUUAA